CUCAUCCAUGGUGCAUCGUGCAUCGUCCCCUCACACCUCUCGCGCUCUCCCUCUCCCACUCACACACACACACCGUUGCAAGGACAAUGGACGGCCCUCACAAGCAGGAGUUCCAUGUGCGGAACCUGCCCACCCGCUCUGUCACUCUCUUCCCCAGCAGAGCCCAAAUUGUCCGAGACAUCAAGGAUGUCACCCUCAAGCCCGGAGCCAAUGAGAUUACCGUCGUCGGCUUGACUCCGACGGUCGACGAGCAUUCCAUCAAGGUUGAGGGCACGGGCUCGGCCAUCAUCACCGACAUCACGGUCGAGCUGCUGCCCAACAGAGACAUCUUCGACGAAAUUUACCCUGACUCCGACUCGGACUUGGAGAAGGACGGGUCUGAGGACGACGACGACGAUGAAGACGAAGCCGACGCCGCCGGCGCCGGCGCCGACAAAGUCAGCAGCGCGCUCGAAGCAGUACGCGAGAAGCUGGUGGCGUUGCGCGACCAGCAGAAGCGGGCAAAGGAGCUCAUCGCGAGCGCCGAGAGCCGGCUGAAGGUUCUGGACUCGUACGCCACCUCGCUGGACUGCAAAUCCGGCGUCGACAUCGAAGCCAGCCUCGAGACCUACCGCAAGGAGCGCGAGAAGGUCUUCAACGACCACAUGGAAGGCACCGCCCGCGACCGCGAGCUGGCCAAGGAGAUCGAGAAGCUGCGGCCCGAAGAGGCCCGGCUCGAGAAGCUGCAGGCUAAGGAAGUCCGGAAAGCCGCCAAGCAAAAGGCCAAGUCGAGGAGGGCGCGGGAGAAGCUGAGGGACAAGAAGCGCAGACGCGACGCCGAGCGCGACAAGGAGAAGGCCCGCAUCCGCAGGGAGCGAGACCAGUUCUGGCCCCGCGCUUGCUACACCGUCCGCAUCAGCCUCGAUGCGGGUGCCAACCUCACCCCGGGCUCGUCUCGUCGCACUUCGAUCUCCAGCGCCGCCGACGUGCAGCUGGCUUCCGACCAGGCGCCCACCAAGGAGGGCGAGGCCGGCGCUGCCGUGGCGUGCGAUCUGACGCUCUCGUACGUGACGUCGUCCGCCUUCUGGGCCCCGAGCUACGACCUGGCGCUGUCGUCGACGACCAACACGGCCACGCUCUGCUUCGACGCGCGCCUGACCAACAUGACCUCCGAGACGUGGUCCAACUGCAAGGUUACCCUCAGCACCUCGCAGGCCCACUUCUCGGGGCUGCAGGACGACGCCCCGGCGCUCGUCCCGUGGCGCCUCAAGCUUGUCGGCAAGGGCGACCGGUGGGACGGGCUCGACAUCGUGCACAGCCGAGAGGAGCGCGCCGAGAAGAAUCUCUGGAACGCCGCGCAACACGCCAGGGCCCAGCAGAAGCCGCGCGCCGACCUGUUCGGGGCGCCCCAGCACAAAGAACUGGCUCGCAGAUCUCAGCUCGACGUGCCCCCUGCGCAGCUGAAUGUGUUCGGCUUCCAGCGUCCUGUUCCUGCCGCUGCCCCCGCGAGCAACCCUCUUGGUGAUGCUCCUCCAGCAGCGUCUGUGCCAGCGCCUGCAAUGGCCGCCAGCUCAUCCGCCCCACCCAUCUUCGGGGUCGACGCCCCCGCCGGCAGCCAGGGCCUGUCCUACAGCGGCAGCAACGACGAAGACGCCGAUGCCGACGCGCAGACCAUGCUCGAGGCCAUGCCCGAGGUGACCUUCCAGGACUCGUCCUUCGAAGAGACCGGGCUGACGGCCACGUACGACCUGCCGCACCUCAAGACGCUCAGGCCGUCGGCCACGGCGUCCAAGCAGCGCGUGGCGCGCAUCGCCUUCACCAACGUGGCCUUCACGCGCACCGUGGUGGCCAAGUACAAGCCGGCGGCGUACCUGCGCGCGCGGCUGCGCAACACCAGCAAGCUGACGCUGCUGCGGGGCCCCACGGGCCUGACGCUGGACGGCACCUUCCUGGGGCGCGCGACGCUGCCGCGCUGCAGCGCCGGCGACGCCUUCGCCAUGCCGCUGGGCGUCGACCCGGCCAUCCGCGUGGCCUACCCCAAGCCCGAGGUCGCGCGCAGCACCACCGGCGUCUUCUCCAAGGGCGAGACCAGCGUGUACACGCGCGCCGUCACGCUCGUCAACACGCGCGCCGCCGCCGGCACGCCCGUCAGCCUCACCGUGCUCGACCAGGUGCCCGUGCCGGAGGACGAGAAGAUCCGGGUCGAGGUGCUGCAGCCGGCCGGCCUGCAGCGCGACGGCGGGCGCGCCGGCGUCGCCGCCGGCGUGCCCGGCAGGGAGGGCAAGGACGAGCUCGACUGGGGCAGGGCGACCGCCAGCCUCAGGAAGGCCGGCGAGGUCGCCUGGGACGUGGUCCUCAAUGCCGGCAAGAGCGUCAAGCUGGUGCUGCAGUACGAGGUGUCCUUUCCGACGGGCGAGAGGGUGGCGCAGGUUCAAUAACUAGUGGGCGGAGGAUGGAGGGCUCGAAGGGGAAAAUCCGAGAGGAGAUGGGAUUUCACGGGUGGGAUUGCGGGUUGCCUGGGUAAACUGAAACGGCCGGGUGGUUGGCGAUGCCUCGGGUUUAGCACACGCAAAUAAGGAUUCUUUUGCAGGGGACCGGUGGAUGGGACGAUCUUCGAAAAACCGACAGGCUUGAUUGGGGCCCGGGGGACUUUGGCUAGGAUAACACGAUGCUAUUUCGAGGACAGAAAAUAUAGAAACAGAAUGGCAUGUACGGAUCUGUACACUCUAUUACACCGCCUUG